AUGACACAGCUGCAUCACGAAUAUGCUCUAUCAGCAGCUCUGCUUACUGAUAUCCGAGGAGCGUUGCUAGAUGGGCUUCUGAUCGAGAGUCCCAGGGACAGUUCAGAAAAACUUAGUGCACCGAACCAGAACCGGGUAAGACGAGACCAGCAGAAAUCGCAGCUUGGUCCGAAAUUGGCGGUGGUGAUCUGUGCGGCUAGGGCUAUGCUUCAAUUAGGCUUUAGAGAUACAGUCGUCUGCUCUCUCUUACUGGCAGGAGGCUUGGAGGACAGCCGGGGCCCUCCCAACAAUGUUGAACCUGCUUGGCAGUCUUUAAAUAUGCCAACGUCUACGAAACCUGUGGAGACAGCGAUGUUCAGGGAGAAUGCAAACAGGAUAGACUCGGCUGGUCUUCAUUUCGGCCUGCUGGCCAAUCUACUCGGACAAAUUGUUCUUGCGAACUUGACCACGUCCGAAGUUAAAACCGAGGAGAUGGAGGACAGCUUUGCGUUGAUCUUAUCAGAUCUACAGGCUCUGGAAGCUGGGUCGCCUAGCGAGUUUGGCACUGUCAUAGACACGUCUUGUGUACAGGCUAGAAUGAACAAAUUUGAUAAUCUUCUGGACGAUUGGAAUAAGAAUCAAUUAGACAAGUCAGGAUUGAUGGAGGAGCUAAAGGAAGAAUAUCACGAUGAGCAGGUGGAGGAGGGGGAAGGCGAGGAGAAGGAAGGCGAAGAACCUGAAGGAGGAAAGUAUAUUGACGAAGACUUGGGAGCUGCAAAGUUAAUCCAAGAGAGGCAAGCAAAAUAUCGGGACUUAUGGUCUUACCGAGUCUGCUUAGCCCUGGAAUGGAUCAGGCACUGGGACCAGCGAGCCAAGGCUUCAAAGGUAAUUUAG